UUCCAACAGGCACGAAGCAGGAAAGAUGGCCGCUGUGGAGGAAUGAUGCUCCAAAUAUCCAGCGACGGCAACAGAGGGGGAGAUGCCUCAAGGAAUAACUGUAUAUUUCGAGCUGCGUGAAAGAACAUAUCGUGACUUUUUCUGUCAACGGAACCACGCUGCUGCUGGUUAUAUACAUUAUGAUUUGUAUCGGCCACACUGACAAGACCCUGGGGCAACUCAUCUAGGGUCAUAUAAUUUUUUUAUUAAAUUUUUUUUGGAUUGCCAAUUGUUCAUUUUCAUACCUUCUCUUAAGAUUGUUUAAAGUUUACAAACGUGCCUUGAGCGUAAAUGAGUGAACAGAGGAAUGAACCAUGAACACUGAACAAAGGAAUUAAAUGGCUUUAUAAUGUAACAUCACACGGGACAUAUCAUGUAGUCAUGGAGUAGCAUUGCUGCAUUGGCAUCAGUCUGGACCCUUCAUCUUGCUCAUGGACAGUUCAGCUCCGAAGCCUUUCUGCUGAGCCAGAACACAAUAGGAUACUGACACAGACGUGGGUACAUUUGACGACCUUUUUUCUACUCACGGGGCCGUUGAGUUUCUGUUCAAGAUGCUUUCUGCUUUGAAAAAGCUGGUUGGUUCUGAGCCAGGGCAGCUGAAGGACAAGAACAUUCCAGCAGGACUGCAGUCUAUGAACCAGAGUCUACAAAGGAGAUUUGCUAAGGGGGUUCAGUACAACAUGAAAAUAGUCAUCCGUGGGGACAGAAACACGGGCAAGAGCACGCUGUGGCACCGGCUGCAGGGGAAGAAGUUUGUGGAGGAGUACAUCCCCACCCAGGAGAUCCAGGUCACCAGCAUUCACUGGAACUACAAAACCACCGAUGACGUGGUGAAAGUGGAGGUGUGGGACGUGGUGGAUAAAGGGCAAAAGUUCCCUCUGCCUGAAGGUUUAGGAAAGGGUAAAAAGCGAGGGGAAAGCCUGAAACUGGAAAAUGACCCCCAGGAGUCAGAAAACGAGAUGGCCCUCGACGCAGAGUUCCUCGAUGUGUACAAGAACUGCAAUGGAGUCAUCAUGAUGUUCGACAUCACCAAGCAGUGGACGUUCAGCUACAUCCUGCGAGAGCUGCCAAAGGUGCCGACCCACGUGCCCGUCUGUGUGCUGGGCAACUAUCGAGACAUGGGCGAGCACCGGGUCAUCCUGCCCGAUGAUAUUCGCGACUUCAUCUCAGGCCUUAACAGGCCACUCGGCUCCUCAUACAUCCACUACGCAGAGUCCUCCAUGAAAAAUGGCUUUGGCCUGAAGUAUCUGCACAGGUUCUUCAACAUUCCUUUCCUGCAGCUGCAGAGAGAGACGUUGCUGCGGCAGCUUGAGACCAAUCAGCUGGACAUGGAUGCUACCCUGGAGGAGCUGACAGUGCAGCAGGAGACAGAGGACCAGAACUACGACAUUUUCCUGGAGAUGAUGGAAGCACGCAGCAAGGGAUAUAGCUCUCCCGGCCCGGCCAAUGGACAGAGCCCUUCCUCAGGGUCGCAGUCCCCCAUUGUCCCACCCAGCGGGGCCUCCACGGGCAGCUCCAGUCCUGGCACUCCGCAGCCACCCAUCCCUCCCCAGACACUGCAGUCCCCGUCCCCUUCUCAGUCCCCUCCUCCUCCCCCUCCCGUGACCCCCACCCCGGUGGCAGCACCCACUGUCCCUGAUUUUCCCGCCCCUUCAGCGCCUCCCCAGAAACGCAGCAUCAUCUCGCGGUUAUUUGGCAGCUCUGCUCCGGAGGCCCCAGCUGAUAAACCUGAUGCAGAGGUGCCUGUCACUCCAGCACCUGUGGAGGUUCGGAGUGUGGACGACUUCGUGCCGGAUGACCGCCUGGACCGCAGCUUCCUGGAGGACAGUCUUCCCACGAAAAUCAAGGAGAAGUUUCGGCCGUCAGUCGCGGUUGAGAGCGACAGUGACGGAGAGGGCCGAGGCGCAAACCCACUGGUGGCGGGCUUCCAGGAUGACCUGGACCCUGACGAUCAGGAGCCAACCAGAGGUCUGUCCCAAGGGGCGGUCCCGAGUAAGGACAUCACCCUGUCCAGUGAUGAGGAAGGGGAGGAGUCAGCACCUCCUGUCACACAGGAGAAGGAUCAGGGUUGUGGACCAGACACCAGAAAGCCAGCUACAGAGGGUGAGGGGGUCACUCCCUCAAAGCUCCAAGAGAGGCCCAGCAGCCUGGUGGCAGGGCCCACUGCCGCCCCCGAAAGCACCGCUCCCGCUGAGUCCUCAGACACGGACCAGGAGGGGGCACCGGCAGCACAGCAGAUGCUCUCCUUCGUCGUGGAUGACCCCGACUUUGACCAAGGGGAAUCGGAGUUGCAGAAGGUGAAAAAGGAGUCUUUCCCGAUGCAGGAUGACCUGUCGGACCUGUCUGACAACGAACCUGUACCUGCUCGUAUUCCCGAGCCGCUCAAGCCCACCAUCCUCUCCUUCAAAAACAAGGACGACAUUGACCUGUUUGGCCUUGGGUUUGAGGAGAAGGAGCCCAAGAACAAAGACAGUAGCGAGGACCAGGAAGAUAAAGAAAGUAAACACUCUUCAAAGGACAAAAAGAAGAAAAAGAAGAAAAGUAAAGAGGAGGAGGACAAAAGCAGCAAGAAGAGACAUAAACACAAGAAGAAGGAGAAAGAGGAGACUGCAACAGGAGAUGACAAAGAGGAGAAGAAAAAGACAAAGAAGAAGUCACGUUCUAAGAAGAGCGGAGAUCUGGACGACCUGGAGGCUUUCUUGGCCGGUGAGGAGGGGCCAGAGAAGCGGGGGGGAGGAGACUACGAGGAACUCUAGAACACACCCACUGUCCAGUAGCUGUUGGACACGCAGCUGCAGCCAGUCGCUGACAAGAAUUCGUUUGCACUGGGCCAGCAAUGUCAUCUGUUGUAAACUCUGUGGUGCCUGGUUUCUUUUUGUUUGUUUUUGUUUGUUUUUUCAAUUAACACUAUGACCACUCCACAUCGGGAAUAGUACAGAAUAAGAGAACAAGCAGUCAGUGGCAGGUGUUGAUACCGCUAAAACACUACGGACUGCUGAGGGGCCGCCAGCUAUCAGCUGUGACCACACCACCAUGAGAUGCUUUGUGAAAAGCUCAAGACUCUCAUCGUUGGUUUACGGUUUGCGUUUCUUAUUUCCUUCCACAUGAUGUCUGUGUUUGUUCUUGUGGAAGAGUCACUCGGAAGCAUGUCUCAGUGGUACAGUUCCUUCUUUGUAACGUUGCUCAUUUAGUUGUUGUUGGACCAUUUGUGCUUUGGAAAAAAAAAAAAAAAAACACAAAAGUCAAUUUAUUUGUUCUGACGGUGUGUAAAAACUGUUUUCCAUCCAUUUCAAAAUUUGUUGAAAUAUUUUUGUUUGUAGUAACUGACCAAAAGGAGGUGUGUCGGGCUAAAUUGAUAGCACUUAAAAGCUGGGUCAAUGAAAAAGCUGCUUUACGUUACCAUGAUGGGAUGUAGGGAAUCUGCAGCAUGAUUCAUGCAUUUGACUGACACAACAUACUGCUACCUUUAAAGAAAUAUUACUUUUAAAAGGUCAUCAUCAUUCUCCUGUGGCCUGUUUCAAGUAUUUUUACUGUACACCAGUAUAUCUCCCCUCCCCUGGACUAGCCUGUGGUUUGAGUGGGACAUUUUUUUUUCAUUUGAACACUCAUGAGAACAUGUUUGCUGGUAUGUUCGAUACCAACGUACUGCAGGAUUCUGGUGUAAAUUAUUCUAAUGUUCAGUUCCACUCUGUUGCACUUUGUGUUGGAACACAUUGUGACAUUCAGAUUUAUUCAAACCCACUUGGAUUGUAAGUGUCAAUUUGAGUGUUUUCUUAUUUAAAAAACUAAUUUCACACAAUCUUCAGGGUGUUUUGUGAAAUUCUGUUCUAGGAAGCUGCUUGUCUCCAAAUGAUAAACAUUCUGGGCACUCCUAACUGGAUAGUUUCCUGAUUUUUGUUUGUUCUGUGCUGUACUGUCUGUUUUGCAUUGUCUUGAAUUGUAUUUCAUAAUAUGUUAAACAUUUGGGUGCUGGAAAGAAUAUAAAAAAGGAGAGACUUGCUGUCAGUAUGAUGGGGUGUCUUAGUCUAACUAUAGACCUUCUAAGGUUACACACCUUUUAACACAGCUUUCAUUCUUUUACUGUCAUUUAAUUAAAAAACUGGCUAUGAUUUUUGUUUUGCUUCUUAGCUAAUAUUUUCAUCCAAAGUGACUUGCGUUUGUUAGCCAAUUGUACAGCAGGAUGUAUUACAGAAACAACUGAGGCUUCUUUCUUGCCAAGGGUGCAGCAGCAGGGCUCCUUGUGUAUCUUGAAUCAGCUUCUGGGUUUCAGGUCCAUACCCUUCACCACCACACCACCACAAGUGCUCUGCAACCGAUCUGCACCCAAAUACAAUUCUCGCCUUUACGCGGAUAUUGUCCUGAAAUUACUGUGGCCUUUCCACAAAAGAACGGUAGGGUUCUGUGGCUGAGAUGUGUACUGUCUUCAAAUGAAUUUGAGUUGUCUAUUGGUUUUAUAGAUGUACAUGAGGGUCGCGUGCUGGGAGUAGCAUCGCUGCAACGUGACAUGAACGCUAGCGCCGGCGCUGUGGCCAGGCCAUAGGGAAGCAUGCUGCCAUGGUGCUGUCAACUGUUGGAUCAGCAGCUUUCUGCAGCACUCCACGUUUUGUCUGCUUUUGGCUAAAAUCCAAAACUCUGGAACUGGACCUCUGGCCUGUUUUCCCAUAGGUUUGGUUACAGUGUUCCAGACGUGAGUAUUCCACAAGAAAUCAGGACAAAGCGCAAGCGCUGCAGAGCAGAUGACAGGAUUGGCCUGUCCUGAUUUGUACAAAUUUGACUUGGCUGGGAAAUGAGGUCUGGUUCUUGGCCUAGUUUGGCCGGUGCCCUCUGCAGCACUACGGAUCGCUUUGCUGAUUGCACUAAAGGGCACAGGGAGACCCCAUGGCUGGCAUUUCUAAUCCACUGGCGGCCAGCACUCUCACCCUGGCAUCGAGGCACUCUGUCGAAAAUGGGAUGUGACAAUGUCUACUUGUGCACACUGUCCCAGUGCCCCGGGGGACAGGCCGGAGAUACUAUGUCUUUGCAGAUAUGAACCGAUUACGCUCCCUAGCUCCUUCUUGAUCCGCGUCUUUCUUCGCUUUGACCUUCCUCUCACCCAAGUGACAAUAUUAGUAAUACAGCUGAGUUCUUAUGUCUUUGCCGCCACUGACAUCGAUCACGUUUUUCCACGGUAGACUUCACACAGGAAAUGGUGUUUAUACCACCAAGCAGCCUGCAAUGACCUCUCUGUUUCAGGGUUCUGGUUCUGUCUGUAGUUUAACUUUAGAACGAAUUUAAAGCAAGGUAAAUUUUAGCUUUAAAUUUCAGCCUGUUUCUAUGAAAUUGUGAUACAAAAUUGAUAUACAUACAAUAUCGUUAAGUUUCAUCAUGUUCAACUAUGCAUCAACUUCUACUGUUUACACUGUUGUACCCCCCCUCUGUGUUCUGUGCUGUAAGUAUUGGGUACAUCUGAUUUAUGUCGGUGAAAUACUGUCUGGCUGACCAGUGGUGCUGGAAAUGUUUGGUGGAGUUCCUUUAAGAGGAUUGCAUUGAUGUGGUUUUAUUUUUCUUGUCAUGAAAUGCUUCCACAUCC